CAAAACAUGAUUGAUAUGGAAAAAAUAUCCGGUGCUUUACAUGAAUAUGUCGGACAUAUUAGGAAAAAAGAAAACUACGAUUUGAUAAACGACUUUGACAUUCUUUCACUUCAAAUCAAUCUUAAGAAGAUUCCUAUAUUCAAGGGGAUACAUAGAUUCUACAUAAAACUACCUUAUUCCUUUUCUAGAGACAUGAGGACAUGCUUGAUUAUCAAAAAUUUUGAUAUAGCUGACGUUCAUGAUAAUGAUGAUAGUAAUGCUAGGAAUGUUUAUGACUAUGAUGAUGAUUUAAAAGCAAUGCAUUUUUGGAAGAAUAAAAUAUUAAAUGAUAGUGAUCAUACAUUUUCAAAAAUCCUUACCUUUCACCAGCUAAGAACUUCUUACAAAACCUUCGAAGCUCGCAAUAGAUUAGCCUCGUCCUAUGAUCUCUUUAUAGCUGAUCAUCGCAUUAUUCAGUACUUUUCCAGGAUAUUGGGUUCUGCUUUUGUUAAAAGAAAAAGAUGGCCCAUGGGAAUCAAAUUAAAUGAUAAUACGAACCUAAAAACAGAGCUCGACAACGCUUUUCGCAAAACGUAUUGCGAAAUCAGGGGGUCUGGAAGUUGCUGCGAACUUAUAUUUGGUCAUACUUCUAUGCCAGUCAAUCAAAUAUUCUCGAAUCUCAAAAAGGUCAUCAAGACGUUGGACAUCAAAAUACCUGGUAUGUGGAAAAAUAUUCGAAGUUUGUACCUCAAAUGCAGACUUGGUUCACCGUCUAUACCCAUAUAUGUUGAUUUAACUUAUUCCGACGUAGAAAUACCCAGAAUAAAACAACCUAAACUCGAAACUGACAAUUUCGAAGAGAUAACCACUCUACCAGACAAUGUUAAGGUUAGAGUUUUACCCAGUGGAAGAAUACAAUUCAGAAAUGACAAAAAUAACGCAAUCGUCUCCCGCAAAUCCGAGAAGAAAAUGAAUCCAAACAAAUCAAAGAGUAACAAGCGACCAGAUUUAUCUGAAAUCAGAUCCGAUACCCAUAAUAUUGUUAUAGUCGAAUCGGAAAAAACGGAGGUUAAAGCCGAGGAAAUAACGAACCUUGCUGAUGAUGAGCCUGCCAAAAUUUUGCUUGAACCUAAUAAAGACAUUAUUUACAAGCCAACAAAGGACCUUGAGAUAAUUAUAAGUUCCUAUGACAGGAACAAGAGAUAUUGGCAAGAGGAGUCCAAUAGUAAACUUAGAAGUAUUCGUAAUAAGGACAUUACGCCCAAAAAAAUAAAAGGAUCUUUCACCCCACAAAGCAUGGCUACCUCGAGUUCUUUUACAAAUGAAUCGGCCAAGUUGAGAAAUGAUGAGUCUUUCAAAUCUCCUAAGAUAGAUUGCAGUCUGAAUAACAUGGCAAGCAAUAAAAAUACAUUAAAUAAUAAAAACGAGAGUAGCUUGAAUAACAUUAUAACUGGCGAAAAACCUUUAGCUGAUAAAACCAUCCAAAUUAUUCUUACACCUAUUGUGAAUGAUGAUAGAAGUCCUCAGCAAGAAGAAACACACGACCUUCGACCAGAAAUCAACACUUCAAUUGCAAAUAGUCUUAAGGUGUCACGUUCAAUACAAACCAAUAAAAAGUUACGUUUCUCCAACUCAAAAAAUGACGACGUGGAUGUAAGGGUCUUGAGAAAGAGGAACGCAGAUGAUGGAAGGGAUAAUAACGAUGAAAUAUCAUCUGUUACUCCUCGUGCCACCAAGAAAACGUUUCUUAAAGAGAAGUUAACUAAAACUCCUUGUAAAAUAGCUGGUUCUUUUAUUUCCCUCGAUCAUAUCCAAGGUAUUCCAGCUAAAAUACUAAAAACGCCCAAGACAUCUGCUAUAAUAUCUAAUUCUAAUAGGGAAAAUGCUACACCAAUGGUUAAAUUAAAUAAAUUAGUAACUAAACUUGAUCCUGAAGUUAUCAAGCUUGGAACCGCUUCAGCUUCUUCAAACUUUAUCUGCAAGAUUCCGCCGACUAUACCCAAAAAUCUUAAAAAGAUCAAAACGCCUUUAAAAAUAUUAUCUGAUACUAAAAGUGUGUCUACAUCAUCACUCAAAAAUAGAAAGAAGUUACUAACCACUGAAGUUACAAAACCUAAAUUGGCUUCUCUCUCUCCCGAUUUAAUCGAAGAGAUCUCUAACAAAAUAUCUGAUUUUAAAAAUAAGGUUACACCAUCCGUUAAAAAUGAGAUAUUACUAACCAAACUUCAAUCUGAAGUUUCCAAGCCCAUUUCUCACCUAAUCAAAGGCACCUCAGAUAAAGCAUUCAAGGCGUCUAAAAAAUCUGAUGCUAAAAAUAAAUCAAUACUGUAUGUUAAGCAAAAGAAAUUACAAACCAAGCUUGAUAACGUCACCAAGCCUAGAAUAGGCGAUACUAAGGAUAACUUGUCAGAUGUUCUUGCAAGAACUUCUAGAAGAAAUAAAAAGGCAUAAAAUAGUCUAAUUUUUUUAUAUAUCAUAAUAAUUAUAAAUUUUUAAGUAAGACCCAAAAUUUAAAAUCGAAUAUUGUAUAAAUCCGAUAUCAAUUUUUUCACACAUCCAUACGAAAUAAAUAUGCUGUAAA